AUGUUUAUGUGCACACAACCAAAGGUUCAAUACAUCGGCGUUAGUAACAAAUACAAGAAAUUACAAAUAAAACGUAAAACAUCAAAAAGAGGUAGAAAAGCCUUAUCAGCUACUAUCAUAACCAGUUCUCCAUAUAAGGCUGCCUUGAAAUCAUCAAAUGAUAAAAAUCAGCUAAACCAAUUUCGAAGAAAAAAAAGGGGACCACAUCACAAUGCAGCCACCAGCAAUAAAAAGCAGGUGGAUCAGCAUCAGCUAGGAACAAGUAAACAAUGUCUAAUUUCUGAAAAAAGUGAGAAUGAAGAUGAAACUUCAAACGAUGAAGAAGAUAUCGGAAGUCUUAUCUCAUCCUGGAGCUCCAACACAUUAUAUUUUAUUGGACAGGAAGUUCCAGAAGAUAAUGAUGCAGACUGCUUAUUUUGUGGUGAGACAUUCAGAACAUCAAAAUCUGGAGAACUUUGGGUGCAAUGUGUGAUAUGUCUAAAAUGGACUCAUAUGUUAUGUAGUGGAUGUGAACAAGAUAUUUUCAUCUGUGACUUUUGUUUGUAA